AUGGCGUGGUCAGUACACUGGGGCCUCCUCCUGCUCUGCAUAGUGAUCCUCUACUGCCAACCAGUGUCCACCGGCAACCACAGCUCCAGGGGGCAGUCAGGUUUGUCACAGGUAAAGACAGGUACCUGUGAAGUAGUGGCUGCCCAUCGCUGCUGCAAUAAGAACAAGAUUGAGGAGCGCUCUCAAACAGUCAAGUGUUCCUGCUUCCCUGGUCAGGUCGCCGGGACAACAAGGGCAAUGCCCUCUUGUGUUGAAGCAUCCAUCGUGCGUCAGAAGUGGUGGUGUCAGAUGCAGCCCUGUCUGGAGGGAGAGGAGUGUAAAGUACUGCCUGAUCUCACUGGCUGGUCCUGCAGCUCUGGAAACAAAGUCAAGACCACCAAGGUGGCGCGGUAGCAGAAAAAAACAUCUCAGCCAAUCGACUGAGACCCUGAACGUGCCACGGCCUGGCCAGUUGUCAAUCACACACAUUUUUUGCUUUGAAAAAAGUGAAGAUCUGCUUCAGUCCCCAGAAAAUAAUGAGGAAUACAAUAGCAAAUGAGCAGCCCUAUCAAAUGAGUAGAGUGACUGA